AUAGCCAUCUUGUCCCUUUGGUUUGGCUUUUUAAAAUUUGCUGUUUGCGUGCAUCGCAAAGUGACAAUGUCGGGAUUAUUGUCUUCUCAAAAGAAUUUCUUGCUACAAAUCGUUUUGUUUGUUCUCCCCGUAGAGAUGCUCCAAGCCGGGUGUCCACCGGGAUGGCUUGCCUGGCAGGACUCGUCCUGCUACCUCUUACUGCCCGAGAGAGUGACUUGGGACCGGGCUUCGGAAACUUGCGCCGAGCUCGGGACCCAUCUGGUCGUCCCAAACUCAAAGACCGAAGAUGACUUUGUUUGGCGCGAAAUGAAGCUACAGUUGGGGAUAGAAGUUGACAAUAAAACCGAACAUCUGGUGGAACUCUGGAUCGGCUGCAAGGAUAUCUUCAACAAUUCCGGGCAGUUGUUAUGCUCCGGGGUGAACGGGGAUCCAGCUUUUAAGAACUGGGCCGGACCGGAACCAGAUUUGGAGUCGCAGGAGUGCGUGCGGAUGUCCGAGAAAUAUGGGGGGAAGUGGGGAGAUAAAGAGUGUGAUGAUGUGAAGUUUGCUGCUUGUGAGUUGGAGGUACCUCCCCGCCCGCGUCGGCCUGCCAGGAUCUUCAACCAAGUACCACAUUACUGUCUGCUCAACCGUCAGAUCAAGAGCUACCCGGUCAGGGAGUCCAUGGCGUGUGGUGUGGCAUGCUGGUCGGAGCCUCAAUGCCGCUCCUUCAAUCUCUUGAAGCAGGGAGGGGCUGAUGACCAUGUUGUAUGCCAGCUCAACAGUGCGACCCGUCUCGAGAGUGACGUCACUGAUAUCGCCCGAUUUGAAAACUGUUUCUACUAUGAGCCCGUGAGUGAGCAAGGACUCCUCAAGUUCUGCUGA